AGAAAUCUAGUUCCAGUGUGGACACAUGACUCAUAUAUUCUUUUCAGUUGUGUCUUAUGUCAGUUAAACCUCAAGGAUAUUUUUUAAAGGUUGACUUAUCUUGGGACUACGGGAAUAAGAACUGUUUUCUAGACCAAUGUCCUGUUUAUAUGAAUUCUCAGCAAUUCAGGUGGAUUUUAGUCUACUUCUAGGGCAGUGUAAAAAUACUUGAUACAGUGUGCUCAUAACAGAUAAGAAAUGCCUCUGUACUUACAGAAUGAUUAGUGGCAAAUCUUAAGUGUUUUGGGGGGGGAUAAUGUAUGAAUUUUAGCAAGUAAUUUGUCUUAUGACUCUUAGCACCAUCUUUGUCUCUAUCAAGUAAAGAAAUUAUAAUGUACUGUAUCUUGCAAUACAAUUGUAAUCAGUUUCAUGGCUUUCAAGGAAAAUAAAGGAUCAGCGUCAGAACACAUUUAAAACAACUCAGAGUGAUAGCAAGUGGGAGUUAGGCUUGAUAUUAGAGGUUCAGGAAGGUCAAUAUGUGUCACGUCGAUGCUGAAAUACUGAGUCCAUCCUUGUGAGUUAGCCCCACAGCAGCAAUGACAGAGCAGCUGUGGAUUUUUUUCCUUUCACAUGGGUGGUUUUGCUUACUUUUAAGUACCUGCAUUCGGAUAAGUCAAUGUUUUGAGUGUGUGUACCAGUUAAAACCCUUCUCCUAAAUUCUUUCUCAUGUUUGACCAGGAAUGUGGACAUAGAAAAUACUAAAUGCCAAGUGCUUUUCAGUUUAGUAUUUUAGUGAGUCUACUUUGAAUUUAUCAUGGGUACAGCUGAAAAUAUAUGAUAGUGCUUGUUCUUCAGAAAUAUCCUAUAAGUGCUCGUGUAGAGUAUCUCAGUAAUUCUUUGUCAUGUUACGUCUAAACAGAUGUUAGGCAAAGUACUACUUUGUUAGGCUGUAUCAAGAAUUUAGAACAUCUCUCUGCCUUUAUUGUAAUAUUAAUUUACUUGUUCUAGCCAAAGGAGGGAGGUUAAUUUGUAUGUGAGUAACAGUUAGCAUAUUAUAUAUUAAAUUUUUGCAUGCAGCUGUUGCCCAGACAUUUAUUAAGAGGCAAACUGAAGGACAUAAUCAAAAUAAUACAUUUAUUUGUGGAGGUUUUCUAUUCUGUUUUUAAAUACAGUAAUCGUACUUUCCUGUAAGGAUCUACUGUUAUUUGAAAGAUACUGUGCUUGCUCCGAAGUCCCCCUAUCAGUAUCUUUGGAAUUACAGUUACUUUCUUUUUAAAUAGAUUUUCUGUUUCUGUUUAUGCUGGAAGACCUGCAUGAGCCUCAGAAUGAAGCUGAGAAGGAUAAUUGACUCUGCUGUUAAGUUCUAAAUUCGUGACAUGGAGAAUAAAGAAACCCUCAGGGGGUUGCAGAAGAUGGAAGACCGCCCAGAAGAGCGCAUGAUCAGAGAGAAACUCAAGGCAACGUGCAUGCCAGCCUGGAAGCAUGAAUGGUUGGAAAGAAGAAGCAGGAGAGGCCCUGUGGUGGUGAAACCUAUCCUGGGGAAAGGAGAUGGAUCAGAAAUGAACAAACUCUCUCUAGAAUCUCAAGACGAAGGACAAAGCACUGCUUCUUCACCUACACUGAAAGGAAGACGUAGUCCUUCUCCUAGUAGCUCCUCAUCAUCAUCCUCUAGGACGGUUAAAUCUGAAUCACCAGGUGUUAGAAGAAAAAGGGUAUCUCCAGUGCCUUUUCAGAGUGGACGAAUAACCCCACCUCGACGAGCCCCAUCUCCAGAUGGCUUCUCUCCCUACAGCCCUGAGGAAACAAAUCGUCGUGUCAACAAAGUUAUGCGAGCCAGGCUGUACUUGCUGCAGCAGAUAGGACCCAACUCUUUCUUAAUUGGAGGAGACAGCCCUGAUAAUAAAUACAGAGUGUUUAUUGGGCCUCAGACUUGUAGCUGUGGCCGUGGAACAUUUUGCAUUCAUCUGCUGUUUGUUAUGCUGCGGGUGUUCCAGCUUGAACCCUCAGACCCAAUGCUCUGGAGAAAAACACUGAAGAACUUUGAGGUUGAGAGUUUGUUCCAGAAAUAUCACAGUAGGCGUAGCUCGAGGAUCAAAGCUCCAUCUCGUAACACCAUCCAGAAGUUUGUCUCACGCAUGUCAAAUUCUCAUACAUUGUCAUCAUCUAGUACUUCUACAUCUAGUUCAGAAAACAGUAUGAAGGAUGAAGAAGAACAGAUGUGCCCCAUUUGUUUGUUAGGCAUGCUGGAUGAAGAGAGCCUGACUGUGUGUGAAGAUGGCUGCAGGAACAAAUUACACCACCACUGCAUGUCAAUAUGGGCAGAAGAAUGCAGAAGAAACAGAGAGCCACUUAUAUGUCCUCUUUGUAGAUCUAAAUGGAGAUCUCAUGAUUUCUAUAGUCAUGAAUUGCCAAGCCCUGUGGAUUCUUCUGUUAUCCGUGUGGUUCAGCAGCAAACGCAGCAGCAAUCUACAGCUGGAUCACAGAGAAGAACCCAAGACAGCAAUUUUAACCCUACUCAUUAUGGGGUCCAGCAGAUCCCUUCUGCCUAUAAAGAUCUGGCUGAUCCAUGGAUUCAGGUAUUUGGAAUGGAGUUAGUUGGUUGCUUGUUUUCUCGAAACUGGAAUAUACGAGAGAUGGCACUAAGACGUCUUUCCCAUGAUGUUAGUGGUGCUCUGCUACUGGCUAAUGGUGAAAGUACAGGGAAUUCUGGAAGUAGCAAUGGAAACAACACAAGUGCUGGAGCGCUAGGAGCAGCUAGUGGGUCAUCUCAGACCACCAUCUCAGGAGAUGUGGUGGUGGAAUCUUGCUGCAGUGUGCUGUCCAUGGUUUGUGCCGACCCUGUCUACAAAGUGUAUGUUGCUGCUUUAAAAACUUUAAGAGCCAUGCUGGUAUAUACACCCUGUCAUACUUUGGCAGAGAGGACUAAACUACAGCGACUUCUCAAGCCAGUUGUAGAGACGAUAUUAGUUAAAUGUGCAGAUGCCAACAGUCGAACAAGUCAACUUUCAGUCUCAACGCUAUUGGAGAUGUGUAAAGGCCAAGCAGGCGAGCUGGCAGUUGGGAGAGAAAUACUUAAAUCUGGAUCCAUUGGCAUUGGUGGUGUGGAUUAUGUCUUAAACUGUAUUCUUGGAACCCAAACUGAAUCUAGCAACUGGCAAGCGCUACUGGGGCGACUUUGUCUAAUAGACAGACUUCUGUUGGAAUUUCCUGGUGAAUUUUAUCCCCACAUUGUCUGUGGAGAUGUUUUACAGGCUGAAACUGUAGUAGACAGGUAUAAGAAACUCCUCUCCCUCUUAACUUUCGCCUUGCAGUCAAUUGACAAUUGCCACUCGAUGGUUGGUAAACUAUCACGGAGAGUAUUUUUGAGUGCAGCAAGAAUGGUGGCAAGAGUGCCCCAUGUUUUUGUAAAGCUGUUAGAAAUGUUGAGUGUGACGAGCUCAACUCAUUAUGCAAGGAUGCGUCGACGUCUAAUGGCAAUAGCAGAUGAAAUGGAAAUUGCAGAAGCCAUCCAGCUAGGCAUGGAAGAAAUGCACUCUGGAGAAUGUCAACAUGAAGACUUUUUGCAGCUCCCUGUACCAGAUAACUCUCCAGAAACUACAGAAAGUAAUACUCCUAACAAUACUGUCCAGUUAUCAGGGAAAAGUGGGAAAGGUUUAAGUGAUAAAAAACUGAGUGCCAGUCCAGAGGACAUUUCUGAGAUGCUGGCUGGCCUUGCUGUGGGACUUCCUGUUUCAUCAGUAACCACUGAACAACCAAAGCCAGCCAUUCAAACAAAAGGAAAGCCCCACGGUCAGUGUUUGAACUCUUCUCCUUCAUCCAGUCAUUCCCAGUCACUAUUCCCAACGCUUCUGUCUCCUUCAAACCCAUCUGUACCAGCUGGCACUGUAACAGAUGUCUCUAAACUCAGACCUCAGGGAUUUGUUCCCUGCAAAAUCCCUUCAUCUUCUCCUCAAACACAGCGGAAACUUUCUCUCCAGUUUCAUAGAAACUGUUCUGAAAAUAAAGAACCAGAGAAACUUUCUCCAGUUUUUACCCAAGCCAGGCCGUUGCCAUCCAGUCACAUACAUAGGCCAAAGCCAUCACGACCCACCCCAAGUGAUGCGAACAAGCAGGGAGAAAUCUUAAAAACCAGUAUGACACUUGACCUGAAUGAUAUUUCACAGUGUGAUGGCAAUAGUAGUAGUAGUAGCAGUGCAGUUAUACCAAGUGAAGAGACAGUGUUCACGCCAGUAGAUGAAAAAUGUCGAUUGGAUGUUAAUGCAGAGCUCAAUUCCAGUAUUGAGGACCUACUUGAGGCCUCCAUGCCAACAAGUGAUGGCACAGUUACAUUCAAGUCUGAAGUUGCAGUUCUUUCUCCUGAGCGGGCAGAAAAUGAUGACACUUACAAAGAUGAUGUAAAUCAUAAUCAAAAAUGCAAGGAAAAGAUGGAAGCUGAAGAGGAGGAAGCUUUAGCUAUUGCUAUGGCAAUGUCAGCAUCUCAAGAUGCCCUGCCAAUAAUUCCCCAACUACAGGUUGAAAAUGGUGAAGAUAUCAUAAUCAUUCAGCAGGAUACACCAGAAACCCUGCCUGGACAUACCAAAGCAAAACACCAUUACAGAGAAGAUGCAGAAUGGCUGAAAGGUCAGCAAAUUGGUCUUGGAGCUUUCUCUUCCUGUUACCAAGCUCAAGAUGUAGGAACGGGGACAUUAAUGGCUGUAAAACAGGUGACAUAUGUCAGGAACACAUCAUCUGAGCAAGAAGAGGUAGUUGAAGCACUGAGAGAAGAAAUAAGGAUGAUGAGUCAUCUGAACCAUCCUAACAUUAUUCGAAUGUUGGGUGCUACAUGUGAGAAGAGCAACUAUAACCUCUUUAUUGAAUGGAUGGCAGGAGGUUCAGUUGCUCAUUUGUUAAGUAAAUAUGGAGCCUUCAAAGAAUCAGUUAUUAUUAAUUACACAGAACAACUGUUACGUGGCCUUUCUUACCUCCAUGAGAAUCAGAUAAUCCAUAGAGAUGUUAAAGGUGCCAAUUUGCUAAUUGACAGCACAGGUCAUAGAUUAAGAAUUGCUGAUUUUGGAGCUGCAGCCAGGUUGGCAUCAAAAGGAACUGGUGCUGGGGAGUUUCAGGGACAGUUGUUGGGAACUAUUGCGUUUAUGGCACCAGAGGUUCUGAGAGGUCAGCAAUAUGGUAGGAGCUGUGAUGUGUGGAGCGUUGGCUGUGUUGUUAUAGAAAUGGCCUGUGCUAAACCUCCCUGGAAUGCAGAGAAACACUCCAAUCAUCUUGCUCUGAUAUUUAAGAUUGCUAGUGCAACUACUGCUCCAUCAAUCCCUACACAUCUGUCUCCUGGCUUGAAAGAUGUGACUCUUCGGUGUUUAGAACUUCAGCCUCAGGACAGACCCCCAUCGAGGGAACUGCUGAAGCACCCAGUCUUCCGUACUACGUGGUAGCUACAUAUGUAUAAGGCUGAUUACUGAAGAAGCUUCUGCUGAAUAUACAAUUAACUGUCUCGCAGUGCAGUUAAGCACAGCAAGUUGUAUUAUUCUGCUGGCCUUAAUGAUAGAUACAUCCAGGACUUAAGGCCAGUGGAGGACUCUACCUAAGUAUGUGAUUGACAAAUCGAGAUCUUUACCUAAGCUCAGUAUGCAACAUUUCACAACUUGAGCAGAGAUUUGUAAACUGUGCCUUUUCAAACAUCUGGCUCUACGUGAACUCAAAAGCAUUUUUCCUUAAAUCUGCAUGAUUAUUUAGCAGAUAAGUGAUUUUUAUUUUCUUUGGAGCACUUUUUCAGCAAUAUUAGCAGCUGAGGGGCUCAGGAUCUGUUUUACUAUAACAAUCACUGUUCCAUUUCACAUCACGUAGAUGUAAGCAGAGGGUUCUGCAAUUAGUCAGUUUUCAGCACUGUUUAAAAGGAAGUUCUGUAUCUGUCCCUUUUAAUUAUACAGAGUUCUCUGAGUAACAAAUCCAAAUGUUGAUGGAUACUUUAAGAAAAAAAAAUUUUGCCUUCCUUAAAUUAAGAGCAGGCAGUUGUGGUUCACUGUGCGUUUACUGCUGGCUAUGUAAUUUCUUUUGAAAUUAAAGUUUGUUUUCAUUGUAUCUUUAACUUUCAGGGAAAGGUGAUCUUUUAAAAUAGUCUUUAGAAAAAGAUGCAAACUGUGUCAUGGAACAUCUUGCUGACACAAGAAUUUUAAAAACAGAUUUGCUGGAAAUCUGGAAUAAAAUAGAAUGCCACCUUUAAUGAGGCAGUGUUGAAGGCUCUGAUAGUAUAGGUUAUUUAAAAAAUGAAACAGAAAAAACCAAGAUUGUUCUGCAUAAAACAACUUAGUCUGAAUCACGCUAAAAGUUGUUGAGCCUUCUUUUCAUAUAGCAGUUCUUCUGGCAAAUCAUGUAGAGAUAUUUCAUGUCAAAGGGCCCAAACCCAGCUCCCACUAAAGUUUACGGGAGACUUUAUCCUGUACUUCAGUGGAAGCAGGUGCUGGCUUGAGCAAAUCUCAUUCUUUAUGUAACAAAACUGAGGUGACAUUCUCUACUGAUAACAAGUUUUACCUGCUGUUUUCCUUCUGCCAUACAUCAUCUAUUUACUGUAGCCAUUAGUGAUAAUUUAAUUUGAAAAUGUUAAAAAUAUUACCGUAAGAAAGGUAUUUAUUCUAACAAGAAACAAACUUGGACUUGAAAAGCAAGAUAAAGUAAAAUGUGAAGUAAAGCUUCACCUGUAGUGCAAAACUUGUGUUUUUAGCAGGUGUGUUUUUUUUAAAAACAGGUUUUUAAAAUAAUUUUAAAGGCAGGUUUUUAGAUUCUGAUGCAUGUAAUUCUGAAGGAAAAUGGCAGCUUUUCUUUUGCUUUUUUUUAAAUGGGGAUCUUUUUAAAUCAAAUAUUGAUUGUGUUUAAUCCAUUUGGAAAAAAUACUGUUUGUGUUUUAACUCUUCAGAAGUCAGUUGGAUCGUUGGACUGAAAUGGAAUUGGUUAUUUUCAAAGACUCAGGACAAACUAAAUAAGCUAUAGUACAUUAAAAACGUACAACACAAAUUGGAAGUAAAACAUCUUAAAGAUAAGUUUACAAGAAUGAUAGUGCUCAUGCUAAUAAAGCAGUGUCAUUAGUUGUGAAUGUGUGUCUUUUGGAAAUUUUACAUUCCUUUGUUUUGGAAGAUUGGCAGACUUUGAAGAGUUAAAAAGAUAAUACCGAAAUGUGAAGUUUGGUAGCUCUAACUGUUUUGUACUUGACUUUUUUUUGACCACUUUAGAAUUUCUCAUUCUAAUAAGAUUGUCUCCAAGUCUUUCUUAUGUGCAAGCUUUAAAGGAUGCACUCUUGCCAAUUCAUGUACUGGAAGAUCAGCUGUCAGAUUAAUACUGUUUCUGGCAGAAAUGUAAACUGUAUAGACUGAUGAACCUCAGCUAAUCAGUAUUACUUUGUAGAUCACCAUGCCUACCACAUUUCAAACUCAAACUGCCUCUAGGUGUCCAAAUGCAUUUGUUUGAGUUUGUUUGCGUUUCCCUCAGCUUGCUGGUAAUUGUGGUGUUUUUAAAAUGCAGAUGUGAUGUAAUAUUCUUAUUUUCUUUGGAUCAAAGCUGGACUGAAAAUUGUAUUGUGUAAUUAUUUUUUGUGUUCUUAAUGUUAUUUGGUACUUAAGUUGUAAAUAACGUCUACUGCUGUUUAUUCCAGUUUCUACUACCUCAGGUGUCCUAUAGAGUUUCUUCUACCAAAGUUCACUUUCACAAUGAAAUUAUAUUUGCUAUGUGACUGAUUCCUAAGACUUCCAGGGCUUAAGGGCUAACUUCUAUUAGCACCUUACUGUGCAGGCAAAUUUUACAGAAAUCUCUGGGUUAAGAAAUUUGGCUUCAUUGUAUCCUUUGUUAUUUUAAAUAUAUCAAGAUAUUUUAAUUAAAAGUUUUUACCCCAUUGAACCAAUUUUAUAUAGUAUAAUUUGUACCUAUUUUGGUGGUUUUUGUCUUUAUAGUAAAUAAAAGUUUUUGGACAAA